CGCCCAUACCCAGAAAACUGUGUGAUCUACCUCUAAAAGAACAAGUAGCAAUCUUCUACAAUUCUAUCAGAGUCUUUUCCAUUUUCCAUCCACCUUAUCCGAACCAAUUUCGACAUGUCGGGUGAAAUCGCCGCCGUAGUUGCUUAUCCAUCCAAGCACCCCGAAACCGGGGAACCUCUCCAGUUCGAUAUGAACUACUACCUCUCGGGCCAUAUGCCCCUAAUCGAUCGUGCUUGGGGUCCUUAUGGGCUAAAGUCAUGGUCAAUCAACCAGUUCCAGAAUCCGUGCCCGUUGACGGGAGAAACGCCGCCGUAUCUGGUUCAGACAACGUGUUGUUUCGAUAGUGUUGAGAACCUCAAGACAGCGUUAGAAAAGGGGUCGGCGGAGACGAGACUAGAUGUUGCGAAGUUUUCAAAUGUGUUUCCUGUCAUCUGGAUUGGGGAAAUUGCGAAGAGAGAGACUCUGGAUGGGCGGGAGUCGGCAGGAGUUGCGUGGGCUUGAGAGAGAAUGGGAAUACUGUCUAUGGAAAGAUUGAUUAUGCGCAAAUUGAGUAGCUAACUAGUGGGUUUCAAUUGUUGUUCGUGAUACGAUGCGCACCAUCACAAUCGCUUAUCGGCGGAUAUUUCGGGUUAAUGAUAUCGCGACGACUUCUUUUUCCC